AUGGGUAACGUGGCACUAGGUUAUGGUAGUGAGAUGAAUAGCAUAGGUGAUGAAAGGUUCAAAACUUGCAUCGUAUGGACAUAUAUACCAAUUUUAACGACAAUAUUUCCUCUAAUUGGACAUGUUGGCGUUGGAAACAGUAUGGGCAUAACCUAUGAUUUCGCCGGUUCAUAUUUUAUUUCUGAAGGUAUUUUUGCCUUCAAUCGUCCCUAUAAAGUUUAUAAAUUGAACGGAGAUGACUCACAAUUUAGUGAAAAUUGGGAUGUGGCCAUAAGGGAAACUUCAAUGGAUUUUUCACAGUUAUCGCACAAUCUCAUACACAAUAAUUGCCAUCAUUUUGUGGCAAAAAUACUAAACAGAUCAAAAUACAACGGUAAAACGGAUUGGAAUGCAAUAGAAGUGUUUAAGAUGAGCUGUGCCGCAAACUACUUGGGAAAAAUUGAAGUUGUCAACACGUGGGCUCCAUUUACAAUUUUAUUCACGGCAAUAGUAGCCAUUAUUACUAUUGUUUUAGUGUUACAAUAA